AAGAGGCGGGCCCGGGGAUUGUGCGCGCGGUAGGUUUGCGGCCUCUCAGCCAUGGAAGAGAUCUUUGCCAAGUUUGUGUCCCAGAAGAUCAGCAAAACCCGCUGGCGGCCGGUGCCCCCCGGGAGUCUGCAGCCAGCCGAGACCUUCGCCACCGGCUCUUGGGACAAUGAGGAAAACAGCGUUUCACUCUGGUGUAUUGGAGAUUUUGGUAACUUGAGCACUGAUGGAGGGUUUGAAGGAGAUCAUCAGUUAUUGUGUGACAUCAAACACCAUGGUGAUGUAAUGGACUUGCAGUUUUUGGACCAGGAAAGAAUUGUAGCUGCUUCAUCAACAGGCUGUGUGUCAGUUUUUCUUCAUCAUCCAAAUAAUCAGACUCUUUCAGUCAGCCAGGAAUGGGUAGGAGCCCACUACCACAUUGGCCCAGGUAGUCCUUCCUAUAGGAGUGCACCAUGUACUGGUAUUGUAUGUAACAGUCCAGAGAUUGUUACUGUUGGAGAAGACGGCAGAAUCAAUCUCUUCAGAGUUGAUUACAAGGAAGCUGUAAGGACUAUAGAUAAUGCAGACAGUAGUACACUCCAUGCAGUGACUUUCCUUCGAACUCCUGAGAUUCUCACAGUAAAUUCAAUUGGACAAUUAAAGAUAUGGGAUUUCAGACAGCAAGGAAGUGAACCGUCUCAGAUACUGUCACUGACUGGGGACAGAGUUCCACUGCACUGUGUUGAUAGACAUCCCAACCAGCAACAUGUUGUAGCUACAGGUGGUCAGGAUGGAAUGCUGAGCAUUUGGGAUGUUAGACAAGGUAGCAUGCCAGUAUCUCUGCUGAAGGCUCAUGAAGCUGAAAUGUGGGAAGUUCACUUCCACCCAUCCAAUCCAGAUCAUCUGUUUACUUGCUCUGAAGAUGGAUCCCUUUGGCAUUGGGAUGCCUCCACAGAUGUUCCUGAAAAAUCAUCACUUUUUCACCAAGGUGGAAGAAAUAGCACAUUAUUAGCUCAUCCUUCAAGUAACCAGCUUAAUGUUAACCAGUCCCUUAUAAGUUCCUGGCUCAGCACUGAUCCUGCAAAAGAUCGUAUUGAGAUCACUAGCUUAUUGCCAAACAGGACACUGUCUGUGAACAGUUUGGAUGUUUUAGGAUCUUGUCUUCUUUGCGGAACUGAUGCAGAAGCAAUUUAUGUUAGUAGACAACUUUUCUCAUGAAUGUUAAGUCUCAGUUCUGAGUUUUGAUUUGCCUCUGUUUUAACAGUUGAAUCUCAGCUUGUAUGUGAACUUCUCAGUGGGAAUCUUCAUUUUAAUGUGGAAGCAUUAGUAAAUGAAUGAACAGUUUUUAGUUUUGACAAUUGGGUAUGAAAAACUUGAACAUGCAAAAGAGUAUCAAAGAUAUCUUUGGGCUGCUGUUAUGUUUUAAAGUUUUUUUUUUAACUUCUAAAAAUUAGCUGCAACAAUAUUCACAUUACAUUAUGGUAAUGUUUAAGAAGCAAUUAUGAGCAUAGGUAAGCUGAUUUUCUAAGGUUUGGUAUGUUAAGAUUUUUCAUUGUGAGAAUAGUGAUGAUAAGAUAGGGCAAAGAGGUUAACACCAGUUAUGCUGUCUUUUCCCUUAUCAUGUAAAAAGAUCUCUUCUCCUUCCUUGUUGAUCUGUAUGGAACAGGUAUCCAUAAGGGCACUAUUCUGGGCCCUGAAACUAACAAACCUACUUCAGUAAUAAAGGAAUUCUCCUUUAUAACUUUAGUGAGCUGUCUACCAAUUUCAUGUUUCUUUAGGUACCACUGGCCAGUGUGAUCUUGUUUUAUUCUCUUAUUCAUCCUUAAUCACUUAUUUCCAUCUAUUCCACAUUGGUUCCCCUAUACUAAAUGUGUCUACUUUCUGAGAAGAAAAGAAUGUUAGUUGGAACUAAUAGAAUAAAUAUUAUUUUCAAAGUCUUAGAGUCUGGAAUGUCAAUAUUAAAAAGGUGAGAAAAAUAAUCUAGUUCCUUUUGUAUGUGUUUUUGAACUAAGCAUCAUAUAUUUAAACCAAAAUUUAUUUUGGUUGAACAUUUAAAAUUUUUUGUUACUGAAGAAAUUUAAUUUAAACUUUCAAGAUUUGGUUUAAGAAAUCCUCACAUGAUUUUGUGCAAAUACAUUUAAUGCAGUUAGGAAAUUUGGUAAGCUAAAUUACUUUGUCAUUGGGUAACAUAUAUAUAAAAGUAAUGAAUUUGGUCACAUGGUAGCUUGUCUUUACCUUUACUAGGAUAUUGCUGGUAACUUAAUAUGAAACAUUAUAGGACACUAGUGAAAAUCUGUGUCAAAGUUUACUAGGUCAAACAGUUUUGUUAAACUAUUGAGUUUUAAGUCACAGCAAUGUUGACAUAACAGAACUAUAUAUUUACCUUAGGAUGUCAUGAAAAGAAAUGUUUUUAUUUUGUUUUUCUAUUCAAAUAAAUAUUUUCACUAGGUUUUUAGUUGUCCCAGUAUUGCCUUAUAUCUCAUUUAUUUUUGUAAUAAAACUUUAUAGCUGAAUACAUCUGCUCACUUUUUUCUAUGAAAUAUGGCCAUUAAUUUUAUUAAAGACAUGGCAGUAAUUCUCAUUAAGGAGAUAAGAUUAGAAUACUAACUAAUACUGAGCAAGAAUGAAGAGUUCAGUGUAUGAAUUACCCUUCUGAAGGUAUAAAUGUAUUUAAAGUAAUAGAGGUGUGAUCUUAAUCAUAGUUUAUGAAUUUAAUAUUCACUACAUUCAUAGCAGUAUUUUCUGUCCUCUGAUAUUAUGUGAAACCUCCUCUGGAAUAUCAUUCCAAAGAACAGAGGAGAUUUUCCCCAUGCAGAAAAAUGCUUUACAAUCAUCCUACCUUCUCUAUAUUUCUAUGUAACUAAUUGCCAUUUGUAACCUUGUUAACACACCUAACACCAUAUUUGCAUGAAACCAGUCAAGCAUGAUAGGUGUAUUUGUACAAAAUUUUAGUAUCCAUGAAGUUUUUAAUGGUUUAUCUUUAGCACUUGUUCAUAAAUGAAGGACUUGCUGAUUCUCAUCAUAAUUAACCCACCAGUCUUUAAAAACAAAACAAAACCUUGCCUCAGAGGGUCCUUUAAAUACCUUUUAAGAAUCUUAACCUUUUUCAUGAUUGCUUCUUUCAGUAUUAUGUUAGUGGAGUGUUCAGAUAUGUGUCAUUAGAAACUUUAUUAUUAAUAAACUGUAUUUGUAUUGAGUUUUA